CUCACCCGCCCGCUCGCCCAAGGUCACGGGUGGUUGUGCAGAGUCAGGAAACUUGGGCCGAUUGGCUGCCAGCCCCGGCCCCGGCCGCCCCGGCGUCGCUGUUCGGAACAAACUGUUUUGGCCAGCCUGUAAAAUCCCUGGAAAUCGACUAUUCCAGCAAAGCGUCCUGCACUAGGAAAGCACCAAAUGUUCUGCUCAAGACACGGAGUUGCGGGACAAACAAGCUAGACCCGAAAGAGGACACGUUGCAGGAGGAAGUUCAUCAGAAGGGAGAAAUGAAGACAAUGAACUUGGAAUUUCUACAUGGAAGUUCACAGUCUCCAAAUUUUUCUUAAACCUCUGCCAUCUUAACACCACUUACUUGCUGAUGAGCGUGGGAGACCAAAUGAGAAGAAAGGAGGCAAAUGAAGUGAGAAGGCCAGCAGAGGAGUCAGAAGAGGAUUUUCAAAGUGUGAUCCGUGUUUCAACUUGCCAGCUGGAUAGACGGUUUCAUCAACAGAGGGCGCUGUAAGAAGUAGUUUCGGGAAGACACUUUUAGGUUUCAUUCUCCAGGCAGAGUCUUUGAGAGCCCAGGAGCAGUAUUAAGGAGGAACUUGAGCUGCACCCUCCGGCCGUUUCCCCCUAUCAGAGACUUCUUCCCAGCGUUUUCAUCCUUCUGUACCCACCGGCAAUCAUUGGCCAUUUCUGUAGAGCACCUCCGGCUCGAGGCACAGGGGAAGGCAGACCAGCUUCUACUCAACCCCACUCAGCCUCAACGAUGAAUUGCCUUUACAGCCAAGCUCCAGCCUGGCCUUUCAUGAUAAUGAACGCAUUACUACACUUCCUUUGCCAUCACACGGGAUGCCAUAUGGAUGCGUCAAAUAAUUCUGUAGCACUCAGUACCCUUGGAUGGUGGUGUUGGUAGACGCACUGGAAGGAAGAGAAGGCAAAUGGGUAUCCAGACUGUGAAAUGGCACCAGGGAGCACUUUCAGCGACAGGCAGAAGUGUGUGGAUGUGCUGGACCAAACCUGAAACAUUUGUCCCUUCAACCUGUCAUUGUUAAGUCAGCUGGCAGCUAAGACACUCUGAGAGGACACCGCCACGAUGCCACCCAAGAGAGUGCAAAUUCAAGUGGAGGAAAAAGAAGAUGACACAGAUGAAAGUUCAAGUGAGGAGGAAGAGGAGGAGGAAGAUAAAUUACCUCGAAGGGAGAGCUUGAGACCAAAGAGGAAACGGACCAGAGAUGUUAUCAGUGAGGAUGACCCAGAACCUGAACCAGAGGAUGAAGAAACAAGGAAGGCCAGAGAGAAGGAGAGAAGGAGGAGGCUGAAGAGAGGAGCGGAAGAAGAAGAAGAAAUUGAUGAAGAGGAAUUGGAAAGAUUGAAGGCAGAGUUAGAUGAGAAGAGACAAAUGAUUGCUACUGUCAAAUGCAAACCUUGGAAAAUGGAGAAGAAAAUUGAAGUUCUCAAGGAAGCAAAAAAAUUUGUGAGUGAAAAUGAAGGAGCCCUUGGGAAAGGGAAAGGAAAGCGGUGGUUUGCAUUUAAGAUGAUGAUGGCCAAGAAAUGGGCAAAAUUUCUUCGUGAUUUUGAAAACUUCAAAGCUGCCUGCGUCCCUUGGGAAAAUAAAAUCAAGGCGAUUGAAAGUCAGUUUGGCUCCUCCGUGGCCUCAUACUUCCUCUUCUUGAGAUGGAUGUAUGGGGUAAACAUGGUUCUCUUCAUCCUGACGUUCAGCCUCAUCAUGUUGCCAGAGUACCUCUGGGGUUUGCCAUAUGGCAGUUUACCUAGGAAGACAGUUCCCAGAGCUGAAGAGGCAUCUGCGGCUAACUUUGGUGUGUUGUACGACUUCAACGGCUUGGCGCAAUACUCCAUCCUCUUUUAUGGAUAUUAUGACAAUAAACGAACAAUUGGAUGGAUGAAUUUCAGGCUGCCGCUCUCCUAUUUUCUGGUGGGGAUCAUGUCCAUUGGCUACAGCUUUCUGGUUGUCCUUAAAGCGAUGACCAAAAAUAUCGGGGAUGAUGGGGGUGGUGAAGACAACACAUUCAACUUCAGCUGGAAGAUGUUUACGAGCUGGGACUACCUGAUCGGCAACCCGGAAACAGCAGACAACAAAUUCAAUUCUAUCACCAUGAACUUUAAGGAAGCAAUCAUAGAGGAAAGAGCAGCCCAAGUAGAAGAAAACGUCCACUUGAUCAGAUUCCUGAGGUUUCUCGCUAACUUCUUCGUGUUUCUAACACUUGGCGGGAGUGGAUACCUCAUCUUUUGGGCUGUGAAGCGAUCCCAGGAAUUUGCACAGCAAGAUCCUGACACCCUUGGGUGGUGGGAGAAGAAUGAAAUGAACAUGGUCAUGUCCCUCCUGGGGAUGUUCUGCCCAACACUGUUUGACUUAUUUGCUGAAUUGGAAGACUACCAUCCCCUCAUCGCUCUGAAAUGGCUACUGGGACGCAUUUUUGCUCUACUUUUAGGCAACCUGUAUGUAUUUAUUCUGGCCUUGAUGGAUGAGAUUAACAACAAGAUUGAAGAGGAGAAGCUGGUAAAGGCCAAUAUUACCCUCUGGGAAGCCAACAUGAUCAAGGCCUACAAUGCCUCCCUCACCGGAAAUAGCACUGGGCCACCUUUUUUUGUGCACCCUGCAGAUGUACCUCGAGGACCCUGCUGGGAAACAAUGGUAGGGCAGGAAUUUGUGCGGCUGACCGUUUCUGAUGUUCUGACCACUUACGUCACGAUCCUCAUUGGGGACUUUCUCCGGGCAUGUUUUGUGAGGUUUUGCAAUUAUUGCUGGUGCUGGGAUUUGGAAUAUGGAUAUCCUUCCUACACUGAAUUUGACAUCAGCGGCAAUGUCCUCGCUCUGAUCUUCAACCAAGGCAUGAUCUGGAUGGGCUCCUUCUUCGCCCCCAGCCUCCCAGGCAUCAAUAUCCUUCGACUCCACACAUCCAUGUACUUCCAGUGCUGGGCCGUGAUGUGUUGCAACGUCCCUGAGGCCAGGGUCUUCAAAGCUUCCAGAUCGAAUAACUUCUACCUGGGCAUGCUGCUGCUCAUCCUCUUCCUGUCCACCAUGCCCGUCCUGUACAUGAUCGUGUCGCUGCCGCCAUCUUUUGACUGUGGCCCCUUCAGUGGCAAAAAUAGAAUGUUCGAAGUCAUUGGAGAAACACUGGAGCAUGAUUUCCCAAGCUGGAUGGCGAAGAUCUUGAGGCAGCUUUCUAAUCCCGGAUUGGUCAUCGCUAUCAUUUUGGUUAUGGUCUUGACCAUCUAUUACCUCAAUGCUACUGCAAAGGGCCAGAAGGCAGCAAAUCUGGAUCUAAAAAAGAAGAUGAAACAGCAAGCUUUGGAGAACAAAUUGCGCAACAAGAAAAUGGCAGCUGCCCGAGCAGCUGCGGCUGCUGGUGGCCAGUAACUUUCAUAGACACGCUGGGACCCAGAAGUACUCCUCACCUUGCUGUUUAAAACCAAUGACUC